GCUGAAUUUUAACGAAACUGACUUUGGAUUAAUUUAAAGGAUAAUGGCCGAGGCAACACACGCUAAACCAUUAGACGAGGGCGCCAAGAUGGGGGCCCCGUCUAAAUCAGCCUGGAAACCAAGAAGACUAGCUAUUAUACGUACUGCGGGGAAGUUUAGGUCUGGAUUUAAUUCACAAACUCUUCCCACUACCAAAUCCUCGGAAGAUUUAUCAGUUACCGAUGAACAGUCCGUUGGUGAAACACUACAGACCCUUGCAUUCCAGUCUUCCCAGCUCAACCCAAAACCAAUUUCUGGUACUACAAUAACAGGAACAACGACUCAGCCUAACACACCUAGUGGAACAUUUCGAGAGACACGUGUCCAUUCCCACAAAACCUCGGUGGUUAAACCCAACCGUAGUGCGAAUGUGUUAGUAAACGCCCAAUGUGCUUCAGAACCAGCUUUUCAACGUUCGGGAGUGUCUGGGAUACCUCUCCAACGUCAACAUUCGGUAGCAGCAUCUAGUAAUAGUGCGGAUAUGGAAGUAACAGCUCUCCGAUCUCGACGUUUGGCAGCAGCAUCUAGUAAUAGUGCGGAUAUGGAAGUAAAACCUCUUCGACCUCGAAGUUCGUCAGCAGCACCCGGUAAUAGUGUAAAUAUGGACAUAACACCUCUUCGACCUCGAAGUUCGACAGCAGCAACCAGUAAUAGUGUGAAUAUGAAAGUAACACCUCUUCGACCCAGAAAUUCUGCUGCAGCACCCCGUAAUAGUGAGACUAGGGAAGUAACACCUCUUCGACCCCGGCGGUCUUCCUUCUCGGGAGUGACAUCCGAAUUUUGUGUAUCAAUGUCUGAAACAACAAACCGUCGUCCUCAUUUUACACCGAAAUCACACCAAGUUAACGGACAUUCUGGUCAGCAGUCAGUGACAGCAAUGGAUCCUUUCUCCCAGUCAGUAACAUCCGCCGAUAUCUCCUCUUGGUUGAUGACAUCGGUUCACCCGUUUUCUAAGUCAUGGACACAAGAACCUCGCCAUUCCUCGUUGCCCAUAGCACCCACCCUUCGUUUCAAAAGAUCAGGUACACAUUAUGCUUCCCCGAACUCGCUGAAUUCAGCCCACCAAUCUCCAGGUUCGGCUGUAUCAUCAAAUUCCCCCACUCCUUCAAUGACUAUGGAUCACUUUUCCUCUCGAUCCUUAUCAUUGGAUUCAAGAUCAGCGAUCUCUACAAACCACGACAAUCAAUCGAGGAUGUCAAACUCACAGUCAGAUGUGACAUCUGCCCAUCAUUUUUCCCAGUCCGAUGCAUCAACGCAUUCUUCUCAGUCAGACACAUCCACCUUUCGAACUACGCUAGCAGCGACUCGCCCUACCUCAACACCGGGUACCGCUUCACGGCGUACUAUGAAGCCCGAUAAACGUAAUAGUGAAUUGCCCAUCACAUACAAUGCCCAUGCCUCACCACCAAUGACAUUUACAUCUGGCCCAACCCAGAGAACUGCUUCACGGCGUACUGUAAUGCCUGAUAAACGCCAUAAUGGAUUACCCAAACCCGAUACAUAUAAUAUCCAUGACGAACAAAUGAUGUACACUACUAAUUGUACUUUUCCUGAAAGGAUACCCCAUCCUCCUUCUGGGUUACCACGAUCAUCACGAAAUUCUUCGGUGUCAGGGAGAACUCGUCGCAUCAGUGGGAUGCGCGAAGCAGCAGGUCGACGACUUUCAUUAUCUGGGACAUCAUCUAGUUCAUCUGCGACAUCUAUCUUUUAUAUGGAAAUGCCCGGAUCUGUGAGGCAUCAAUAGGGCAUAUAAAGACAUAUAGUUACUCCUUCAACAACAUGUUUUGUUUCCUAUUUGUAAAGUUAUUGUUAUUCCAUGAAAACGUCCCCCCCCCCCGUUUCCUCCAAUUUAAACUUUACUUGAGGGAACCCCGGUACUAUAAUAUUAUAACUUUACUUUGAGGGAAUCCUGGUAGUAUAUUAUAAGUUCACUUGAGAGAAUCUUGGUACUGUGAUAUUAUAACAUUACUUGUGGGAAAUGAAAUAAAAACGGGUUUAACGUCCUACUGUUCUGCUCCGACAGGGCCAAUGAAGACGGUUACUUUACAUGAGUGAAUCCUGGUACUGAUAUUAUAACUUUACUGGAGGGAAGACUGGUACUACAAUAUUAUAAUUUUACUUGGGGGAAUCCUAUUACUACGAUAUUAUA